AUGGACUCGGAAUCCCUCAGGCAAAAGAUCUCCGACCUGGUUGCUCGGUCACAACCGUACAUUGAGCAAGCGAAUACCCAUAUACGACCGUACGUUGAGCAAGCCAACGAGCAGUUCCAAAAAUCCAAACACCAUUGCUCCGCAAUUCUCCAAUCAGCCCAAUUAGACCUGCAAGCACUGUCACAAAAGCCACAUUUCAAAGAGGUUGUCUAUGGAUUGACUCUCUUCGUGUUCCUCGCCUUUGCAAUCAGCCGGUACAUCUCUUCGCGCCGGCACUCUCGCUACCCUUCCCGCGCAUCGACGCCGCCGACACCACAGCUGGAAAAGGCAACCUACAGCAGCAAAGGCUCAAAUAAUGCAGGCACAGCGGCCCGGAAACCAGGCACAUGGAUUCCAUCGGACUUCCAACGGCCCAAACCCCCGGCGUACGAGGACUGGUCGAUCGAGAAGACGAAACCACUCCCCUACCGACCCUUCCGGUACGGGCCCAAGUACUUUGUGACCAUGGGACUGCGGAAUGUGAAAUGGGACGACUGGAUCGAACUGGACAACCACUUUCCACGAUAUCACGCGGACAAGACGCGGCGGAUCCAGGAACGCGGGCACAAAUGCUGCAAGACCGCCCCGGAAGCGCUCCCGGCCGCCCUGGAACUGCUCGAAGAAUUCCGCGCUUAUCUACCGGAGCGGUACCCGACGCUGUACCAGCGCACGGAGAAAGGUGUCAAGAACCUCUGGUCGGGCGAGGAGCUGGACACGACGUCCCGCCCGCUACCGGAGGAUCCAAUGCAGACCGCCGCACGAAUGGUACAGGACGACCUGGCGAUCAUGAUCGAAGGCGCCGACGGACAAUACUACCUCCUCGCGGGCGCCAUCCUCCUCCCCGGGUUCUGGCGCCUGGAAGACAAAUACGGGAUGCCGCUCUCGGAGAUCCACACGUCGGGCGACGUCCCGCAGUUCAAGGAAAAACUCGAAAAGGGGAUGAUGAAUUUCUUCCGCCGGCUCAAGCCCGAGGAGCUCGUCGCGCGAAACAACUAUUUCUUACAAGUCGACGACGACCUUGCCUGGUCCUAUUCGAUCGGGUCCGAGGACUCGCCCGACAUAAGCUGGAACACGGCUGAGAAAGACCGCGCCAUCCAACACCACUUCUUCCGCUCUGAGCGCCAGACCUUGCGCCGUCUGCCCAAGAGCGGCGGCGUGGUGUUUACCAUCCGCACGUACUUCCACCCCAUCACAGAAAUCGCCGACGAGGACUAUGUGCCCGGUCGUCUCGCCAGCGCCGUCCGCAGUUGGGGCGACGACGUCUCCCGAUACAAGGGCAAGGGAAAGUACGAGGCUGUCUUGCUCGAGUACCUCGACCGGAAACACCAGGAGCAGCUGGACCGCGGCCUCAAGGUGGACGAGGAAGAUGAGAGGAGGAGUUAUCCUUGGUGA